GAUCUCGGUUCAGAAAUGCCAAUCGCAUUGCUCGGUCGCGGAUCAACGCCGAUUGCUCAAUUUCACGAGUUAUGUUUUAUUCCAUGAGAUGCGCCCUCUGAUGUCGCUGAUAAAUAUAUUUAUAUCUUUAUCUAACUUUAUCGUUCGUCGAUACUCACAGCUGUUUAAUUAAGUUUGCUUAUUGCAGCAAACUUCGAGGAAGCUUGUUUUAUCGUUUUCACACCAAUAUUGAAUUUAUCUGUAAAUAAGAUUUACAUGUUUUUAUUGUUCCAGAUUUUUCACAGCUGUGUCACAUGUCACAUGUACUCUUGUCUGCUAUGUAAAGAGACUCUGUAAAAUAGUAGUUUUUUAUUUUGUCAAUUAUAUUUUUGUAAUACGUAAUAAUUUUUCUACAUAUAAUAUAAAUAAAUUCUAACAAAAUCAAUGGACAUGGAAAAUGAUAAUCCUGUCAUAUAUGGACUUGAAUUUCAAACCAGAGCACUGUCCGCCCAAACUGCCGAAACCGAUAUCGUACGAUUUCUGGUGGGAACACAGUCUUUAGAAUUUAGCAACAAUCAAGUUCACCUAGUGGAACUCAAUGAGGAAACGGGAAAUUUGAAGACUCAAGUGUUCCAGCACCAAAUAGGAGAAAUUUGGUCUCUACAAGCUUCUCCAGUCGAACCUGAUAUAUUUAUUACAUGUUACAAUAGUUUGAGCGAAGAUGGCAUCUGCCAAAUGAAAGGAGCGAUCUGGCGGUUUCCUGAGACAAACGAGUCCACCGACAUUUUACAUCUUCAGAAACUGGCAGACAUUGACACAAUCCCGUACGGCGCUGAUCUCAAGACCAUCGCCUACCAUCCUACGGACAGUAAGAAAGUGUGCUCCGUUGUAGAUAAUAAUUUUGUUUUGUGGGAUCUGGCGAGCGAAACACCAAAGGUUGCGGUAUCGGGUACCUUGACGGGCAAGGGUCAGCCGCGAUUCACGAACGGCAAAUGGAAUCCUCACAACGGCGCCAAUCAGUUCGUAACACUGAACGAGAACAAUGUACGCGGAUGGGACUUCAGAAGUCCAGCGAGCGAAGCGUGGUCUAUUUUAUCCGCGCAUUCGCAAAUUAUCAGGGAUUUAGAUUUCAAUGCAAAUCGCCAAUAUUUUUUGUCCACCUGCGGUGACGACGGAUACAUGAAGUUCUGGGAUAUUCGAUUGCCCACAGAACCGGUGUUGUCGCGCAUGGAACACUCGCACUGGGUGUGGAACAUAAGGAUCAACCGUUUUCACGAUCAGCUAGUUUUAACGUCUAGCAGCGAUUCCCGAGUGAUACUGUGCAAUAUCGCGUCCAUCUCGUCUGAACCAUUCGGACACAUAGUGUCGGCCGAAGACGAAUCUUCGCAAAACGAAGAAUCCUGCAGUAAAAAAAAAUUGGAAGACAGUCUUAUAGGCAGGUACGAAGAGCACGAAGAUAGCGUAUACGCGGUAGAAUGGUCAUCUGCUGAUCCCUGGACAUUCGCAUCUCUCAGUUACGACGGUAAAUUAGUUCUGAACAAGGUGCCGCGUAAGCACAAGUUCCAAAUUAUGAACCUUUUAUAAACUUAUCAUUCU